AUGCAAAUGAGCCCUCUGAACGCUUCGAUAAUUCUCACCAACAGUAAUAAUUACAAAAAUGCAGAUGACGUAUUUGAAUAUUUUUCUCAUAAGAUGAACGAUGUCAAUAUUUUUUCUUCUGAUACACAUAUACGCGAAGAAUUGUUAGGGGGAAUUCUUUAUAUCGGUAUAAUAUUAAGAAGAGCACACAAGUUAUCAAGUAAUAAAAAAAAUAUCUUAAACUGGAUCGAAUAUUGUAAGAAUUGUCAUAUAAAUGUUGAUUUAGUACAUUUUAAUGAAAAUAAAACUGAAGUCUCAACGUUAGAUAAUAAAUUUAAUCUAUUACAAGAAAAUUUUUUUCAAAAGGAUUUUAAAACAAUCCACCGAAAAAUUGUAGGGAAAAAAAAAAUAAAAAAUGCGCAACAAAAUGGACAUGUAAAUAAUGAUAAAAAUGAUGGUGAUGAUGAUAAAAAUGAUGGUGAUAAUGAUAAAAAUGAUGGUGAUAAUGAUAAAAAUGAUGGUGAUAAUGAUAAAAAUGAUGGUGAUAAUAAUAAAAAUGAUGGUGAUAAUAAUAAAAAUGAUGAUGAUAAUAAAAAUGAUGACAAUAAUAAAAAUGAUGAUGAUAAUAAAAAUGAUGACAAUAAUAAAAAUGAUGACAAUAAUAAUAAAAAUGAUGGUGAUAAUAAAAAUGAUGACAAUAAUAAAAAUGAUGAUGAUAAUAAUGUAAAUAAUAAUAAUCAUAAUAAUGAUAUAGGUGAUUACAUUUUUGUUAAUAUGGAUAGAAAUGAUCACCAUCCAAAUGGUCAUUUAGAAAAUCUGUUUUUUGAAAAAGAUUCAUCUUAUUUGGUACAUGCCAUUAUUUAUGUUAUAGAACUACCCCUCUCUGUAUCACAAAAAUAUCUUCACAAAAAACUCAGCAUAAAGGUUCAACUUGUAGAAAGUAAAGAAUCCGAGAAAACCAAAAAUCUCCAUAAUAUAAUUGACAAAAAGGUUCUAAGCGAAUUAAAAAAUAUUAUGCACGCUCCUUCUUCCAUACUAAAUAAUGUUCCCUGGUCAUCUACAUUUACUUCGAACAUGCUAUACGAAAAAAAAAAGAGGGUAAAAAAAAUGAAGAAACACAAUGACAAAAUGAUGAAUAAAGAAAGUGAUAGUGAUUAUAAUAAAAAUGAAAAUCGGGAGAACCACAACGAACAUGAUGAUAACAAUUAUGAUAAUAUUUAUAGUGAUGAUGAUAAUAAUUAUGAUGAUGAUAUGUAUAGUGAUGAUAAUAAUAAACAUUAUAAUGAUGAGGAUGAUAAUUAUGAUUCUAAUUUUUAUAAUGACUUUUUUUCUAAUGCAUAUGAUGAUGAAAGGAAUAAUAAAGAGAAUGAAAAAAAGUUUCCUCUAAAUGUCAAUCCUCAUAAUAUAUACAAAUCAUUAAAUAAAUAUGAUGAUUAUAUGUUUAAAAAAAAUGUAAAAAAAAAUACAAAAUAUAUUACAUUAAGUAAACAAAUUAUAGUAAUUAAACCUUUAAAUAUACAAUGUAAAAUUAUAGAUAAUUAUUUAUUUAUUCAAAUUGAAAAUAUAACAAAACAUAAUUUAAUAUAUAUACAUGAACUCUUUUCAAGAUCUAUUUCUAUGAAUUCAAAUAUAUUCCCAUUAAAUUUAUAUCCUGAAGAUAUGUAUUCUAUUUAUUUUCCUAUAGUUAAUUUUGUACAAAUACUUUCUUUGAAAAACGUAAAAAAUAAACAAAAAAAAAAAGAACACGAAAAAAAAAAAAAAAAAAUUAAAGAACAAAAUGAUAUUACAAGGGUGUUAUCAAAAAAAAAAAAUAGUUUACAAUGUGAAAUACAAAAUACAGAUAAUGAUCAUGAUGAAAAUACAUAUGAUAAUAUAAAGGUACAUAACAAAACAAUAUAUAACAAUGUUAUAGAAAAAUUAAAAAAUAAUAUGGAUUAUUAUAAUAAUAAUCAUCAUUAUCAUAAUAACAAUCAAUAUAACACAUUUUCUUUUAAUAAUGACAAAACUAUUAUUUCAUUAUCUAUAAAAUGGUGUAUAGAUAAUACAUCUAAUAAUUUCAUAUGGUCACAAUAUUGUAUGGAAGUUGAAGUACCUACACAAAAUAUAUUCAAUCUCGAAAUUUCUUUUGUUAAAGAAAUAAAUUAUUCUUCUAUUUUAAUAGCUAUCUUUUCUUUCUUUAAUAAUCAUCAUGAAGAUAUACAUUUAAUUAUAGAAAUACAAGACGAUCAUAAUGUCUUAAAUAAUCAUAUGCAACAUUCACUUAUUUCCUUUAAUUCAUCGAUCGAUGUAGGUAUUAUACAUCCACAACAAAGAAAAUCAGUACGUGUCAAAAUGUUGGCUAUAAUGCUGGGACUUCAUAACGUCCCCUUUGUAAAAAUUAAAGACAAACUUACAAACAAAUAUUAUUUCGUAGAUCUAGGAACAAUACUGGUAACAGAAUGA